AUGCAGAGGUGGUUUUACGAACGUCGAAGCAAUGCAACCACAUGCAGUACUAUAUUAUCGUCGAGGAUGGAGAAUGAGUUACAAACAACAUUUGAUGCUGGUACUAGGCUUCGAGCCCAUGAGUUGACAAACAGCUUGACCCAGGUUGGAAUAUCCAACGAUACAGAGAUAGUGGACUUCUCCGAUAACACGUGCACAUGUCGUGAGUUUCAACUAAAUCGUAUGCCAUAUGCUCAUGCAACUCGUGGUGCUAUCCUAAGUGGUAAGUCAUUAUACGAUCUAUGCACUCCGUACUACACAUUGGAAUAUUGGAGGGGUGCCUAUAUGGAAGUCAUAUAUCCCGUUACACGGGAAGUGGAUUGGGUUGUUCCAAAUGAAAUCCUAGGCACUCAUAUUUUGCCACCGACUGUACGUCGUCCUCCAGGUAGACCACCGAUGCGACGUAAGCGAGCUAGAUACGAGUCCACUACCCAACUGAGGAAAUGCACUCGAUAUGGGAGACUUGGUCAUAACCGGACCACAAUUGGGAACAACAGCGGCUUGAAAAUCUACACUACUGCGGCUGCCUAUUAUGGAGAUGCAGUUUCUGCACAUAUCUAG